CCCUGCCCUAAAUGUGACGUCACAGCAGGUGUGUUUGUUCAUGUAAAAUGAUGUGUGUUUGAUGUUCAGCAGGCCUACGGGCUCUUGUUCUUGUAAGAGAAGAAAACCUGUCUAACCUGCAGCACAUUCUGACAGGUGAGCCGUGUGAGCAGGUGGAGCUGAAUAGAAACUUUUUUUUUUCCCCUUUCACGUGCGCUGCUCUGGAAUGGACUUUCACCACAGCGCCUUACCUAAAGCCACCUGACAGGAAAACAAUGACAGCAGAAGAAGAUAAAAAAGAAGAAGGUGGUUUUAACGAUGAAAGCGUCCAUGAAGUGUGUUUUCCUCUUGUUGGGGAUUUUCUCUUUCAUAGUUUGUAUCUUUUUAUAUUCACAACACGUCAGCGACCUGAAGCCUGACAGUAUGCAGACAGUGGACUGGAAUCUCAUCUUGGCAGGUGAACAAGAAGAAGGAGUAAAAGAAGUAGAAGAAGUAGAAAAAGAAGACAUGAUAUUUGCUGUGUUUGAAAUCUGUGUUCAGGGAGAAGCAGCGUGUUCUCUGAGGAAAGCAGUAAGGAACAGUGUUGUCCUCAGAGAAAAAUUUAGUUUCUCUGUGCCGGUUAUUCAGUGGGCCAAAAGUUUCUCCAAACCUGCCUGGGAACUUCUGAAGAGAAAACCUCCAUAUGGCUGGAAGGGACUCCCUCUCGAAGUUGUCAGGUCGACUCUCUCCCUGCUCAACAGCUCUAGUCUGUUUAAACGAGGAUCACCUGGCAGGUGCGUUCGCUGCGCCGUGGUUGGAAAUGGAGGCAUCCUCCGAGGGUCUCGACAGGGGAAGAACAUCGACAGCCAUGACUUUGUGUUCAGAGUGAACGGAGCUGUGAUCAAAGGUUAUGAAGAAGACGUGGGGACAAAGAUUUCCUUCUUUGGAUUUACCACUAACACCAUGAAGAACGCCCUCCACAUGUACCAAAGUGACGGGUUCACCAAAGUCCCUCAGAGUCCAGAGAUAAAAUACAUCUUCAUCCCUUCAAACCUCAGAGAUUAUGUGAUGCUGGCAGCUGCUGUUCAGAGAAAGACUGUCCGCUCAGGCAGAGACAGGGGGGACAAGCCCUGGCAGUACUUUGGUCACAAACCACCUGGAAACUUUAAGAUUCUCCACCCAAGUUUUAUUCACUACGUGACACACAGUUUCCUGCCGUCUCCUCUGCUGACCUUCGCUCCUGACCACUACAUGCCGACCACCGGAGCUCUGAUGCUGAUGACUGCCUUACACACCUGUGACCAGGUGUCUGCUUACGGCUUCAUCACCAAAAACUACAACAUGUUCUCCGAUCAUUACUAUGACUCCAUCAGGAAGCCUCUGGUGUUCUACUCCAACCAUGACAUGCCAAUGGAGAGGCGGCUGUGGGAGUUCUUGAACAAGCGAGGGGUCAUCAGGUUGUACCAGAGGGGUCACAGCUGAUGGAGACGAUGGUUUGCAUCUCAAAUUAUGCUCAAGAAUUUUGGCACGGUAGUGUAGUGGUUAGCACUGUAACCUCACAGCAAGAGGGUUCCUGGUUCAAUCCCAUGAGGGAUCCCUUCUGUGUGGAGUUUGCAUGUUCUCCAGGUACUCCGGCUUCCUCCCACAGUCCAAAGACAUGCAGGUUAAUUGGUGAUUCUAAAUUGCCCGUAGGUGUGAAUGUGAGUGUGAAUGGUUGUCUGUCUCUAUGUGUCAGCCCUGUGAUAGUCUGGUGACCUGUCCAGGGUGUACCCUGCCUCUCGCUCAAUGACAGUUGGGAUACGCUCCAGCCCCCCACGACCCUCAAGAGGAUAAGCGGUUACGGAUAUGGAUGGAUGGAUUGACAUUUUGAACGUUUAUCUUUAAAGUUAAAUACAGAUACAAUUAUUUUAAUAAAUGAAUAAAUAUAAAUGAUAAUAAUAAUAAAUAGCCUAAAUGAAGACUUUUUUAUAUGAAAUUAAGAAGCAGAGUUUAUGUUGUAUGUGAUUUUGUUGAUGUUUGUUUUUAGGUCUGGUGCCAUCUGUUUACAAGUAAAUGUCUCACCUUUGCUAUUUGAUGUAAAUAUUCUGAUCACUGCAGCAUUUUGUUGAUUCUUCAGAAGAAUAAAGUACUAUAAUGUAACAAUGGGGAGGAUCUCAGUUCAAAGUCAACAUGAAAUUUUGAAAGCACUUAACACUGCAUCAUAUUUUGUGAGCUAAUUGUGUUCUCUAUGUAAAGUCUUAAUUUGCAAAUGUAUUACAGCUGUCACAUAGUGUGGAUUUUGAGCAAUAUUCUUUUACUCUUAAAUGAAAUAAAGUGUCACAGAAA